UUGCUUAUAUGCACAGUUUUUAGAACGUGCGUAAUAGCAACAAAUGUGGCUGAAACAUCGCUUACAAUACCAGCUGUACGAUAUGUUGUUGAUAGCGGCCGGGAAAAAUGCCGAUUCUACGACCCAGUAACGGGCGUCUCACAAUUCCGUGUGACCUGGAUCUCCCAAGCAUCAGCUGAUCAACGAGCUGGCCGUGCCGGUCGUGUUCAAGCUGGUGAUGUUUACAGGUUGUAUUCUUCGGCAGUUUAUUCUGAUUUUGAAAAAUUUACCCCUCCGGAGAUACUGACAAAGCCGAUUGAUCAGCUUGUGCUUCAUCUGAAAUCCAUGAACAUCAUUAAGAAAGAAGCGCGAAUUAAUGGAUUGGGCAAAACACUUGCUAUUUUCCCGCUCUCUCCGGCUUUUGCGAAAAUGCUUGUUAUGGCCAAUCAGCAUUCGCUGCUGGCUUAUACUUGUUGCCUUGUUGCUGCACUUUCGGUGCGUGAACCAUUGAUACCACUGUACUCGAUAAGGGGUGAAAACCCUCAGCAAACACAAACGCUUAUGCUGGAAUCGUUGAAGCAGCGAUUCUCAUUCUGCCCUCUUGGACAAGCUCGUAAUUUCGGUGAUCUUGCCGUACUUAUGCGAGUUGUUUUGGCUGCCGAAGCAGCAAAAGGUUCGGAAGAAGAAUGUAGGCGCUUAGGAAUUCGUCCAAAAGCACUUAUUGAAAUUCGAAAAUUGCGACAACAGUUAACCAAAAUAAUAAAUACGAAAUGUAUGCAACAGCAGAAGCCGCUUGAAUUAUGUUUGGAUUUAAAGUCACCAUCGGAUCAUGAAUUUUCGAUGUUGAGACAGAUUUUAACAGCUUCAUUGACGGAUAAUAUUGCUCGACGAGUGGAUCCUGUAACGGUCGAGAGUGCACCGAAAGGUGCAUACGAAUGUCAAAAAUUAAAGAGGAAGGAUAAGAAAUGUAUGCAAAAUGUGAUGUCCGUUGAAGAAAGCUGGUAUGAUCCGGAAUCUGAUAAUGUUGUUGUUUGCAUGGACUGUACAUUCAGCGAUCGACGCUGGCCUCUGGGCAAAGUUGAGCAGCCAUUGCCUCUCAAUAUUCUUCUGUACCGAUAUUUCGCGCAAUUUUUCCUGGAUGGUGCACAGUCGAGCACGUUUACUGGAUAUCUGGAAAAGCAGGAGCGAAUUUUUGUUGGACGAAUAUCUCGAGUGGCUUCCGCACUUCCUGCAUGA